CUUAGACAUUGGAUGGUUGCAUUUCCGACAAAGCGGAUAUUGUUGCAGUUUCCCAAGCGGCAAACCUUUUAAAAUGCACCUGCGCUCACUAUUAUUGGUGCUUUUAUGUAAGAAAGAAAACAAACCUAACAACAUGACGUGGCCACAUUCCACAAAUCCCGAUCACCAUGCAACCCGCCACGUCUUCUUCCAACCGACUUCAACCGACGUUGCCUAUUUAUCUUCCAACUUCCCCUAAUCCAUCAAUCUCUCAUAUUCAUACAUCUUCCAAACUCGCAAACAUUUAUUUAAUUUCGGCAUAAAUUUCUCCCCUCUGUUGAAGGAAUUCUGCGAAGAUGGCGGCGUGUAAGAGCACGUUUUUGGUGUUGGUGGUUUGUCUGGCUGCCGCGGGGCGGUGCUGCGGCGAAGAUGCGGCGGAGGAUCAAGCUGAUUCUUGGACCGGUUGGGCUCUCAACAAAUUAUCCGAAGGGAUCGGGUUGGUGGAUUCGGAUAAGGCCAAGAAUGUGGCUCAAAAUGUGGUGGAGAAAACAUCGGAUGCAGCGUCGAGGUCUACCGACACGCUGAAUUCCGCAGCAUAUGAGACAUCCAAGUAUGCUUCGGACCAGGCUUCGGAUAAAGUUGGUGAAGCCAUGAAGAUGGCUUCUGAUGUGGCUUCGGGCGCGAACCAAGUCACGAAGGAGCAGACCAAUAACGCCUACGAAUCUGCUUCGGGCCAAGCCGACAGACUGAAGAACGCAGCUUCGGAUUUAGCAGGCGAGGCCCGGAAUAAGGCUUCCGACGUGGCUCGUGGCGCCAAGGACAAGGCUCAGGACACCUACAACUCUGCUUCUAAAGUCGCGUGCGAUUCAGCCAACACAGCCUCGGAUCUUGCUGGGGCCGCCAAGGAUCACAGUUACAAAGCCUACGCCGAAGGCUCGGAUAAGGCCUCGGGUAUGGCUGGCCACGCCAAGGACAAAGCUUCCGAUGCGUAUAGUAAGGCCGGCGAGGCGGUGAAUGCGGCUAGAGGCAAGGCGGGCGAUGCCGGGAAGAAGGUGGAGGACGCGGUGCGCCAAGGUAAGGACAAGGCGGGCGAGGCCGGGAAGAAGGCGGGAGACGCGGUGCGCCAAGGUAAGGACAAGGCCGCCGAGAAGGCGGGCGAGGCCGGGAAGAAGGUGGGAGACGCGGUGCGCGAAGGUAAGGACAAGGCGGGCGAUGCAGGGAAGAAGGCGGGGGACGCGUACGACGAGGCCAAGGGGAAGGUGGGCGAUGCCUACGCGUCGGCGAAGGGCUCGUUGUCGGAGAAGGAUAAGCAGAGGUACGAGGAGGCGAAGGAGAAGGCGUCGCAAGCCGCGGGCGAUGUGGGAGAGAAGGUGAGAGGCGGCGUGGCAGAUAUAUAAGCAGUUUACUUGCGCCGGGAAGGAGCUUGAUUUUAGAUGUUGUCAAGUUUAGCUUCUCAUAUUUGUUUCUAAAUAAAUUUUUGAUUUAGGUAGGCAUAUUACAUAUAUAUAGUGGUUUACAAUGUGAAGGUUUUACAUUCCUUCUAUUUUGAUAUUAUGUACUCUUAUGUUUUGACUUGAUGUACUUUGGUGGUAGAUUUAAUAGGUUUUAUA